AUGCCUUUCAGAGUUGACCGUGCCGCGGCCAGAGAAGAGCCAAUCCCUUUUGUGUUCAAGCUCCGAAAGAGCUGGGGAGAGAUCAAGUACGCGCAAAGGAUCAUGGAGAGUGACAACUUCUCUUUUGGAGACAUUGACCAAGUUCUUUCGGAAGACGGAGCUUUGCGACAUACUCCGAGCAAAGGACAGACCGAUACGACGGAAUUGCAAGACGCUUAUGACGGUGACAUAUCCGAGACUGCAUCGUUGGCAUCGUACCGCUCGACCGAGUCGAAUCCCCAGAGUAAGCAAGCUCAGCAACUUACUCACAACGUUUGUCACCCGUGGGACGUGGUAGAUUACCACCUGUACCUUUGUGGGAUCGAGAAGGGUACGGAUAUCCACUCGCGACGCAACGGCAUGUAUGUAUACGACGGGCUUGAUUGCCGGCCGGUAUCCUACCGUGAGCUUUUCGACGACGAGGCAUUCGAUCCGUCCAACAUUGGGGAGGAUCCUAAGUUUUUGUCCUGGAUCCUGCCCGUGAGCAACGGGGGAUCCUCCUUCGAGGGGAGGAGCUAUGUCCUAGGUUUCGAGUACAGGAGCCGGACUCUCUUCGUCCGCCAGUUUCAUUGGCUUCCCGGUGAAACCGACGACAUUUGGUGCGUGUGGGACGAGGGCUUCACCAUGUACCGUCUCUCCAUCCCCGAGUUGAUCGGUGUGCUGGAUUCGGUGCUCUCUGGCACAGCCGACGUGGGAAGGGGGAUUCUCACCUGCCACGCCCUUUGUAUGAUCCCCCGUACCGGCGACGACCCUGGCCUCGAGAUUGUCAUUACCAUUCUACUCAGUCAAUGGGUGAUCGAUUUUGCGGCAGUUUUCUCUGGCAUGGAUCCGACGGCAUGCAACCAAUUCACCAAAACCCUCACCACCUACAUGGAGGACUGUCGUCUGAUUCUGCAGCGAGCCUCGUACCGGGCGUGGUUUGCCUCCCGCGACGGCCAUACGAUGAGGGAUUACAACCGCAAAGGGGCCAUCGACAAAUACACCAACGAUCUUUAUACUUUCAGCCAGUCUGCCGAAAGCGGAAGUUUGAAAGACAAGUCAUGGCACGCCCCAAGCCUUGACACGUGCAAUAUGCUCCGUCGCCGAGAGCGAUCUCUGAGAAGAGAACGAACAGAAUGGAAACUGGAAGGUCUCUUCAUGCGUCCCGCAACUGCUUUGCCAGUGGAAACCCCCGAGCAGGUCCUGAAGAAGAUGUUGGCAAGAAUUGAGCCUCCUGGGACACCUUCGCCACUCCAGUCUCCGAGCGAAUCGGCCCAUCGUGAUCCUUCCUCGGGUGAUUCCUCAGGCGUGCAAUCCCCGGAUGUGGUGGCAGCCGAGCCGUCGUUGAUCUUCGAAGCAACGGACUUUCACAAGAUACCGCUGGCCCUACUUUUGGAACGCUUUCUCGAACUUGUCGAGACGUACCCGGGAUUGGACACUCCGGGCCAUCGUCGCCUGUUUGGACGUUUCCUGAGCGAGAUCGGCAUUGACAUCGAGCACACUUCCAGCGAGGACUGCUCGAUGGCGCCUGUUCUGGAGAGUCAGGAUGACCGUUGGAUACUUUCUUCCGAAGCGGACACUUUUGGCAGCCCCCGUCUUCAGCCGAGCCCUCUUCUUGACUGCUAG